ACAUGUCACUUGGAUGCUAUGUUGAAAUAUAUCCUUAUCCUCUCUUCUCCAGAAAUCAAUGAACUGGAACCCAGUGGUCAUUUGGACUUUUACCCUAACGGGGGCAGGAGGCCCCAUGGUUGUAGCCACCCUCUUGGUGAACACCAUUCACACCACGACAUUGGAUGUGAAAUCGUUCCUUCCUGGCAGUUAUACAUCGAGUCCAUCAACACUGACUGUCCCUUCUUUGGCUAUGUGUGCGACAAUUUCCGAAACUUUUCAGCUGCGAAGUGUGUAGACGGUUGCGGUGAUGGCUCACUGUGUGCACCCCUCGGGCACAGAGCUAACGAAUGGCAGCAGUACAAGAAGGCGGAAUCUGUAAAGAUGUAUCUCUUUGCUGGCCAUAGCACACCAGCUUGCCGCUAUCAUUAUUAUGUGAAGGCUCAAGUUUCUGAAUCAAACGAUGCAGACGACGAGGACUUUAAAGCACGUCCACCUCAGGGUCUUAUGUUUAUUCAACUUACAGGAUCAAAAAAGCAUAUCGGCCCCCUCCAAGCCAGGAAGUCAAAUCAGAAAGAUGUGGAAUGUUUGGUGAGUUCGAAAGACCUUGGAAGUAUAAUUCGUACAGACGUCAAAUGGCAGCCUGGACAUUCACCACCUUUUGAUUACAACUUCUUCGGGCCAAACGAGUUUGGAGUUCCGUAUCCUCCUCGUCCAUUCAUUCCCAAACCCCCAGCACUUCGAGUCGAACGAUUUGAAGUAACUAACUUGGAAAACGGAAUCAGUGAGCAGUUUUGUGCAAUCGGAAAACCAAUUCUUUAUCCUAACCAAGUGAAGCCUUUCUUUAAAGGAGGGGAAUGUGCUCAGCCGUAAAGAACAAUGUGGAAAUUAUUAACAACUAUAAACAUUUUUUUAUUAAAAAAAACAACAACAACAAGAAAUAAAGUGGCUGAAAUUUGUAGUGGUGAUUAGAAACGUUAAAAAAUAUACAAUAUUUUUCAGGAACCUUUUUCCAUUAAGAAAUUAAUUAUUUCAUUUGUAGUACGUAAUAAAAUAUAAUAAUAUUGAAGUUUUGUAAUUUUCUAGGGUUCCGUUUAAAACGCUAAAAAUUUCAUUCUAACAACACUAAAACACUAACUUUUUUUUACAUUAUGAUGACAGUGGUAUUUGUUUAAUAUGUAAUUAUUACCAUUUUCCACAAAACAUAUACUUUACAUAGACACAUUCUCACUGAAAUACGCUUUUGUAACUCCAGUUUUGUUUUGCUAUCUCUAUGUCUUUCUUUACAGUAAACAACGUUGAAUAGGUUUGUUUGUUUUUAUUAAUACUAACAAAAUAGAGACAGUUUCCAAGCUUCUGAAUAUAAAUAUAAACAAGAGCAAUUAGAGAGAUUCCAUGCUCUCGCCCCGCCGCUCCUUUUCGAGAUUGUAUGCGUUUAUAUUGGAUGACGUCAAAUUUCACGUUCGAAAAGUCAGAGAAACCUUCUCAGAUCCAUAAUGAUCGACGAUCCGGAUCAUUUCUUGUGGUGUGAUCAGGAGUCUCAACCUUAACGUGUCCGUGAAAUUUGGUACAAAUCCGAUCACACUUUACAAGAGUUAUUAACCCAAAACCGCGAAAGUGCCCCAUCUCCCAAUUAUAUAAAGAAAAUGCUUCAAAGUGAUCCAGAAUUUGGAUCCGGACCAGAUUUGUGGAGGAAUUAUCCUAUACUGACUUGCCAUAUUUAGUAAAACGUUCGUGUACAUCGGUCUGUUAGUUUUCGAGAUACGCGCGAGGAAACACCGACAGAUCCCCCCCCCCCCUCCCCCUCCGGAGGCGAGGGCAAUAAAAAUGUUUUGUUGCCUUACAUUUCUCCAUUUACUUUAACACUGCUGAAUGCAAUAAACAUUUAAAGGCCUAAACACUCAGAACAUAUAUACAACUGUUUUUCGUUUAUUUGUAUAAAAACAAAUUUGACCACGAGUUUAGAGCUGGCAUCUGACGAAGGCUUAUGUCUGAAAGUUUUGCACUGUUUAUCUUUUUUUUAAUAAACAAAUGAAAAACUGUUUUUGUAUUUUGAGAAGUUAGAUCAUUAAGUCUCUAUUACAUAGCCAACUGUACUCUCAUAAAAACGUUGCAUGAACGAAAAGAAAUUAAUUAAUAUACAUUUUACACUAAGACUUACUCAUUCACACACACAUAUAUAAACUUACACUGAGAUAUCAAUACUUCUCCAUAUACUUAAACUUUAUAGAACAUACAUUUUACACUAAGACUUACUCAUUCACACACAUAUAUAAACUUACACUGAUAUCAAUAAUUCUCCAUAUACUUAAACUUUAUAGAACAUACAUUUUACACUAAGACUUACUCAUUUACACACACAUAUAUAAACUUACACUGAUAUCAAUAAUUCUCCAUAUACUGAAACUUUAUAGAACAUACAUUUUACACCAAGACUUACUCAUUCACACACAUAUAUAAACGUACACUGAGAUAUCAAUACUUCUCCAUGUACUUAAACUUUAUAGAACAUACAUUUUACACUAAGACUUACUCAUUUACACACACAUAUAUAAACUUACACUGAUAUCAAUAAUUCUCCAUAUACUUAAACUUUAUAGAACAUACAUUUUACACCAAGACUUACUCAUUCACACACAUAUAUAAACGUACACUGAGAUAUCAAUACUUCUCCAUAUACUUAAACUUUAUAGAACAUACAAUGUUGUGUAAUAUUUUUCCACAUAACUUGACUUUAUUGAACGUACACUGUUGUGCCAAUAUUCCAACAUUUACGAAAUGCUGAACGUAUAUUAAUAUUUCUUCUCCAUUCACGUAAUUAAAAAAUAAUAAACUUACACUAUUGUACUAAUAAUACUCAAUUCACGUAACAAAACAAUAUUAAACUUACACUAUUGUACUAAUAAUACUCCAUUCACGUAACUAAACAAUAUUAAACUUACACUAUUGUACUAAUAAUACUCCAUUCACGUAAUUGAACAAUAUUAAACUAACACUAUUGUACUAAUAAUACUCCAUUCACGUAAUUAAACAAUAUUAAACUUACUCUAUUGUACUAAUAAUACUCCAUUCACGUAACUAAACAAUAUUAAACUUACACUAUUGUACUAAUAAUACUCCAUUCACGUAAUUGAACAAUAUUAAACUAACACUAUUGUACUAAUGAUACUCCAUUCACGUAAUUAAACAAUAUUAAAUUUACACUAUCGUACUAAUAAUACUCCAUUCACGUAAUUAAACAAUAUUAAACUUACACUAUUGUACUAAUAACACUCCAUUCACGUAAUUAAACAAUAUUAAACUUACAUUAUUGUACUAAUAAUACUCCAUUUAUUUAAACAAUACUGAGCGAAUCCUUCCCUGUUUACUGAAAUUACACAGUUUAGUGAGAAGAAAAAAUUACAUUUAAUGUACUUAACAUGCAUCGUUCCAGUGAUAAGUGUGUUGUAUUUUUUUUCCAUUAGUAAAUAACAACUAAUGAUUGUGAACGUACUUAAUCAUCAAUGACAAGUUAAUAUAAUGCUUCCAGACUUGCUUAAUGUUAGUAGGAUUUACAGUGAUGUCUUUGAUGUAAAUCCAUUGAAAUAUCUUUACUGAUCUGCUUUUGUUUAUGUUAUAGUCUUGUCGAUAUUAAAAUUUAUAACUUUUCUACAAUAUA